AGCGGGAAAAUAUUUUGGCAAAUUUUCGAGCAAAAUUUUCGAACAAAUUCACAAUUUUCCAACCAAAAAAAAAAAAUUAAAAAAAAAAAUUACUAACACCGCUGUCGAUUCCAUACCCACAUCAACAAUCACAAUUUUCAAACUCGUUUUCCAUAUCAGAUUGAAGGGUCGUCUUCUUGUUUGGAUUUCGUGAAGGAUUUGGUUUCCCGGGUUUGUAUUCUCUGUGGACCGUCUGCGAAUGGGUAUAUUGGUGGUAAUGGUGGCUUGAGUCUGAGGGUCUCGGAGAGCACUACUUCAUAAUAAAACAAAAAACAAAAAGAAACCCACCCAAAGAUUCAAAUCGUAGUAUUCAAAUGCAGUCCAAAAUCAGUGCCUUCUUCAGAUCCCCUUCUUCUUCUUCUUCUUUUUCUCCUGCUCCCAAAUCACCGGUCCCACCUCCGAUUAUCGACGCCGAGAAUGACGAUUUGGCCAUCUGGGAGAACAAAGACCAUCAAUUUUUCAACACCUACAGUCGCAGAGCUCCAAACCUCUAUAGAAGCGAUGAAGAGCCGUCUAGCCAAUUGCUGAAAAAACCAAAUUCAGAUAAUUGCUUUUCGAAGCCAGAAUCGACAAUAUCAGGGAAAACGGUGAUUAAAAACAAGAAAAGAAGCUACGCCCAGUUCCAUUUAGAAUUGGGUCAAUCUGAUUUUCUUCUCCACACAUGUUCCACAUGUGGCAUCAAAUAUGCUCCAGGAGAUAAAGAGGAUGAGAAGGCUCACAAGACUUUUCAUAAGGACUAUACCCAUGGAAUUCAAUUCAAGGGUUGGAUCUAUGAAAGGGUUAUUCAUAUGCAUACCAAUGAAGGUGGUCGGAUUAUUGCAGUGUUCGAUAGUGAUCCUCCUGCUUGGAGAAAUAAGGUUAGGGAAGUUGUGAAGAUGAUGGAGAUUGAGCUUGAAAGUGGAUGGAUCUUCCAUAAGCUGUGUAAGGUGUUUCUGUUCAUUUCAUCCCAAAGGGUUGUUGGUUGCGUAGUUGCCGAACCAAUUAAAAAAGCAUUCAGAGUGUUCUCAACUUCAGUUGGUGGAACGUCUGAUGGUGCUAACAAAAAGGAAGAGAGGAGAAGGCCAACUGUGCUCCAUUUUGGGGAUAUUAGUUUCCAGAGGGAAGUAGUUAAAAGAGCUACUUCCGCUAGUAAUACUUUAUUAUUGGAUGAGAAGAAUGGAGCAAUCUUUUGUGAGAAGGAAGCAGUACCUGCUGUUUGCGGCAUUAGAUCCAUUUGGGUUUCUCCUGCUAACAGAAGAAAACACAUAGCUACCCAGUUACUAGAUGCUGUUAGGAAAAGUUUCUGCUUGGGAUAUGUCCUUGAACGCUCUCAAUUAGCAUUUUCUCAACCUACCUCGGCUGGAAAGGCAUUGGCAUCAAAUUAUGUAGGUGUGGGAUCUUUCUUGGUGUACAAAUCCAACAACGUGGACUCAGACUGUUAAUCAUAAAUCUGAAGGCUGAGGUACAUUGUUUUGAAACCUUUUUGUAGGGAUAUACAUAUUUAAAAAGCACCCUAAUUGACAACUUUGGUUUUCACAUUAUAGAUUUCAGAUUUUUAGAUCAUAGGAUGGCAAAUCCUUACAAAAGAAUUCCACCAUUAAUAUUGCCUAAAAAAAGAAUUCCCAUCACCAAGGCUAGGUUACUUGCAUAAAACUACUUGUUCUGUAAGUUCCCAGAAAAUCUGAAAAGCUAGUUAUUUCUGAGCUCCGUAGCUCAAGGCAUGGUUUGACUGGAAAGUGACAUUGAAAGGGUAUCCAGAUUUCAGACACUGCAUUAUAAUCAGUGUACCCUUUCCAUUCAAAAUGAGCUAUAUUAAUGAGCUAUAUUUGGUUGUAUUUUCCAUUGCAAGCUUGCAUUAUGAUCCUUUACCAUUGUCCUAUUUGGGGCUACAAGUCCUCUUUAGACUAACAUAAGAAAACUCACCAGCAUUUUGCUCAACAGU